AUGAAUGCUACCAUUAAAGAGUUCUGGUGUGAUACUGGUUGGAACAUCCCUCUUCUCAAAUCUGUGCUUCCUGAUCAUGUUGUUAUGCAGAUUAUCAGUGUCCCUUCUGGGUUUGGUGUUAGUGGUCAUGAUAAGUUGAUUUGGAAUGCCACAGCUAAUGGUAAAUUUUCUGUUAAAUCAGCCUAUAAUUCUUUCUUUGACUCUGCUGGGGUUUCAAAUCCCUUGUGGACUCAUCUUUGGAAGUUAAAUUGUCCUCCUAAGUUGAAAACCUUCAUGUGGUAUGUUCUUCAUCAGAAAAUCCUUACUAAUGUGCAAAGAGUCAGAAGAGGUUUCUCUACUAUUGCUAGUUGUCCUAUUUGCAAAAAUGCUGAUGAAACCCUUUUGCAUUUACUAAGAGACUGUCCAAGAUCUCAAGCUAUUUGGAACUCUAUCCUUAGUCCAGGUUCCAUUACUAAUUCUUUCUCUUUGGAUUGGAAUGGUUGGAUAUGUGCUCAGUUUCAUUGUCAUGUUGUCAUCAAAAACAAUAUUCAGUGGUGCAAUUUGUUUGUCUUUGUUUGUUGGUUUAUUUGGAAGUGGAGAAAUAAGGUUAUUUUUGACCCUGCUUUCAUCUUGCCUGCCUGCCCUAAUAAAGUUAUUUGGAACUAUGUUGAUGAGUGGUCCAGUGCUCAGUCAAAAGCUUCUAUGCAGUCUAUGUUCAGUUACACCAUGUUUUCUUGGUGUAAGCCCCCUGAAAAUUUUUAUAAGCUGAAUAUUGAUGGAUCUAGAUCUUUCAGUUCUGGCUGCAUUGGUGCUGGUGGUGUGUUAAGGGAUCAUCUUGGUAUCUGGAUUGAUGGUUUUCAGGUUAACCUUGGCACUGGUGAGGUCUUGGAUGCUGAGGCUUGGGGCCUGUUCUUUGGCUUAAGAAUGGUGGCUAUGCAUAACAUUGUUAACUUGGAAAUUGAAUCGGACUCUGCUCUCCUUGUCCAGCUUAUGUUGAAGUCUGAUACUGGUGUCCACCCCUUUGGCUCUCUCCUGGACAGCUGCUCUGUGAUGAUGUCUAAGUUGCUGAAUGUUAAUAUCAAGCAUAUUUUCAGAGAAUGCAAUAUGGUGGCUGAUGCCUUGGCUAAAAAUAGUAUCAAUCAUGAUCUUGGCUUAAUCUCCUUUGAUGUUGUGCCUGCUCAUGCUAUUCAGGCUGUUCUUGAUGACCUUGCUGGUGUUACUAGAGCAAGAAAGACUGGCUGUUGCUCUAGCCUCUAG